AGCUUCAGAUUGAGCUUCAGUAGAAGGCUGAGGGCGCUGCUCCACGUGUGUUGUGUUGUGUUGUUUUGUGUUGCUUUGCUUUGCAGUCAAAUAAAGCGUUGUAGCAUGGGGAAGAAUAAGAAGAACAAAGUACCCGAUUCGGGGAAACAGGAGGGAAAAACCGGACAACGCCCAAGUAAUACGAAGCUCCAAAGAGGUGAUAAACCCAAGAAAGCCAAACAAGUGGACCAUCUUCAACACAUCCCCUUCAAACUACAAGAAAUAAUGAAGGCCAAGGACAGAAUGAAAACGGGGUCCCUAAAAGCCAAAAAGCCGAAAGAGGAUAAGCCAGAGUAUUCUCAGGAUGGAGACAUACCUAUCCCACAUUUCAAGAGGGGCAAACUGGAAAGCGAGAAAGCUUACGUGCAGCGGAUGGAGCGUGAGACCAAACACAUCAUGUUCCUCUCCAAGAACCAAGUAGACAGACAGCCUGAGAUGGAUACAGACAAACAAGAGAGGCCUGCGCACAGUAGAUCUGACAGAAAGAAGGAGUAUGGUAAACUGAAGUUACAGAAGCUACAGCAGAAAAAGCUGAACAGACAAGAGGACAAGCUGGAAGAAGAGAUGUUUGUAGAUGAUGUUCCCUUUGGUGAAGUUACAAUGGCUCCUCCAUCUUUAAAUGUCAAACCCAGGAAAGCUCAGGUCAAAUCUCAGAAAGCAUCAAAGGAGCUGCUUCUGAACUCUCUUCUUGGCCACGCUGCAACCUCCACAGCAAAGCCGUCCAUGGCCCGACAGAGAAUCAUGGAAGAGGAGCGGGAACGAGCAGUGGAGGCCUAUCGUCAGCUUAAGAAACAGAAACAGCAGCGGCACGAGGCUAGGACCGCCAAUAUGCAAAAACUCAAGAACCUUCAUUGACGUCGCCUGUCGCUCGGCUCAGCCACAGUCAGUGUCGGGGGGCAGCAGCACUGAGCAGUGAUCUGCAGAAACUGGCUAAAUAAUCAUCAGUAGACUGAUGUGCCAGGUGGAGAGCUAACCACAAUAAAGAUGACUGUCAAGGGAAACCUUUUGCAUCUAUAGGCCACUGUCGGGGGCUGCUGUAGCUCAAGAGGAGACUGUAAUUCUAGGACCGUAAUGAACUUGGGCAACAUACUGCUCCCCCACCCAGACUGUCAAAAAGGGGGAAAAAAAACAGCCUGUCUGAGUAGUAUUCAAAUGUGUGAGCGUUGUGAAUGUAGCUUGUUAUGGGAAGAUUGGAAGGGCGUUGUACUUCCCUUUUACUGUAUGAUGCAUACUAAACAACAUUCACCUGACACUUUUAUAAUGAUGCCAUAUUUAAAAGAAUGAAUGGCCUUUGAUAUGCCUUAAUAAAAACACAAACCUGUUGCCUCAGUUUGAUGGAAAAUGCAUCGAUGUGAUGCAUUUCCAGCGGCAGGUUGUCUUUUGUAUUUACAGUCGUUUCAGAUUUGCAUGUUCAGGUAAACAAAUACUGGGAGCAUCACUUGUGAUAGACAGUAAAAUCAUUGUUUCCAAGAAGAGAUAAACUUUCGCUUGUUUUUUAAUGGUCCCACUAGAUGGCAGGCCUCCUGUACAAAGCCUAUUUCAUGGAUGGCCCUCAGAGAGCAUGCUGAUUAAAAAUAUAUUAUUGGUGGUGCAUUGUGCCAUAUUAUAUAUCUAAAAUUAUUAUGUAGAAUAAUUUAUGUUGAGAGAAGCCACAAGGCUUAAAUAAGCCUUAUUAGAUGUUUUGGAUUAUUUCACAUGAUCCUCAACAGAUGUUUGCCAUUUGUUUUCAUAUUCCCAAUAUUUCCAGAGCGUUUGGAUAAAUCUGAAAUUUUCAUCAACGUUGCUUCAGCGCUGAUGUUCAGAAUCAGCAGUUAAGAAAGCAAAUCUCCCCACGAGACCUAUUUAGCUGUUCUUGCAUUUUGAAUUCCAUCGCAGCUGCUGUUUUCAGGGUCUAGAUUUAACCUUGAACUUAUUCAAAAAGAAUAAACACACAAAAAUGCAAUUUGUUUUUAUGUGUACCUCUGCGAUAGCCCAAAUCUUGGAAUAAAUGACAUCACCUUUUUAAGUGUGCAACACUUAUUAGAGCCUGGCACGGCUAUUUAUAUCCGUAAUCCUUGAAAGGCUUUACCCUCAUGAACAAGGCCUUUGUUGAAAUAUUGGCACUUGAGGCGAACUGUACACAUUAAAAUCUUUGUUCAACAA